AUGAUGGAGUCGGAUGUAUAUGAUUUUAACAAUGCUGAAUAUAGAAUUAAUUAAAAUUUAAUUGAAAAAUCAUUUACAAUGAAAUUAUUUCCACCAGGUAAAGUAAUUCAAUCCAAAGUAAUGGAAACAUUAGAUGAUACUUAGAAAUUUAAAAAAUGGUUAUGUAAUUUAAUUCAAUCUUCAAAUUAUUUUAUCACAUAUUCAAAUCUAUUUGAAAAUACUGAUGCAAAUAAUGAAUAAGCAUAACCCUUUGUGGUUUAGAUUGAUUCUAACUAUGGGGAAAUCUGUGAGGAGUUUUUUGGGAAUAAAAAUAAUUCAUUUGUUAUUUUUUGUUACUCCCCUACAUAAGUUAAUGUGUAUGCAGUAUUUUUUAAAUAUAAUUAAACUUAACUUAUAUACUAAUAUAAUAUAACCAAUCUAAAUAUAACUUAAUGUAAAAGAACUUAUUUUGAUAUGUAGAAUUUCCAAUUCUUAUUGGCUUUUUAUUAAUGCGAGAAUUGGAUUAUUAUAAAUUUACCUUUGAAUCAAAUAAUAUUAAACUAAACUACUUUCAAUAAAAUAAAUACUGGAUAUUAAAUUAACCUAUUAUUCGACAUUUAAAUCUGUGAACAACAUUCAAAGUAUUUAGUGUUAGUUGAUGAUAAUUUUUAUUUAUACUUUGAUCUUUCUAAAUCAAAUGUAUUCUUGAGUAGAGUCUAUUAGAGAAAGAUAAAAAAAUUGUUACUAAAUAGUAAAUGUGUUUUAUAAUAAAUCCUCACUUAAUCAGAUUCAGGAGAAAUUUAUAUUUGGGAAACUCAAUAAAGAACUAGCUACAACGCUUCUUAUGAAAUGAAAUAUAUAAAUGGCCGUUUAUUUAUUUAUAAUGAAUAUGAGAUCUCUUUAAUAUUAACACUUGACAUUAAAUAUACAAUGUAAAUACCAAAUUUAUAAAUCACAUUUAUUAAAUCUCUUAGUUACUUUUAUUAAAUUGAUGAAGAGUUAGGGUUAAUUUAAUUCUAUAAGUAUCAUAUUAAUUAACCUUUUAUUAAACCGAAAAAAUAGUAUAUAUUUAUUUUCAACAUAAAAAAUCUUGCUUUAACUUUAAUAAUGUGCUAUAAGAUUAUCAAAGUGAAAGAAAAUGAUGAAAAUUUUUGUUAAAUAUUCGGUUAUGUACCAAAUUAGUGCAAACCUCAAACCAAUUUUAAUAUUCAGAGGUAUAUCAAAGUAAAUAAUGACUAUUAUGAAUUAUCUGCUCCAAAAUCAUUAGAAGCACAGAAUAAUAGCUUGAACAUUUUUGACUCAAUUUAUUAGUGUAAACCAUUCUUCAAAAAGCUUAAUUAUACAUUACUAGGCUAUGAAAACACAUCAGCUCUAUUUCUUAAGAAUGAUAUUCUUAAAUUUACAUCAUGUUAUGAGAGAUGUCAAGAUUUAUCAAUAAGUAUAUAAGGUAUGCAUUUAAUUUCAAAAACUAAUGUGUUUUGGUUAUUUAAAUUAGGGGUAAACUAAGUUAUAGUUUUCAAAUUUGAUCAUAAUUCUUGUUUGUCAAAGUACACAUAGUAACUUGAAUACUCUCCAGAUAAUAUAACCUAAUUUGGACCCUUAUUGUUGAUUUUUUAAAAAGAUUAACUUCCAAUAAUUUACCAUCUAAUUCCAAAUUAUCUAUCUUAAAUUAAAUAAUAAUUACCAGAAAAAAUAUUUUUAAAUUAGGAUAUCUUGUUCUACAAAGAAAACAAUUAGUAAGCAGCUAUAUAAUAUUAAACAAUAAUUUUAUUAUUGUAGAAAGAGUAAUAAUCAAUACAUUAUUUAAGAAUUUAAGAUGUAUAAAUAAUUCAAGUAGGGUAAUUUAGUUAAGGACAAUAAUUAAUUGGUAUACAUAGGUCUUAAAGCGUCCUUUUUUUUUAUUAUCUAUAUGACUCUGAGAUACACCAUUCUGAAAAUAUAACUUAAAAAGAUUAUAAUUUUGUUAGACCCAUUAUUUACUAAUUUGAGCGGAAUUAUUUGAUUUUGCUUGCUAAGAAGUCAGAACAAAUGUAUUUAUUAAUUUUUGCAAUUUCCUUUGAUGAGGAAAUUUAAUGGAUUUCAAGUAUUAAAUGUAAUAGUAAAUAUUUCUUUUUCCAAAAUCAGAUGAUAGUAUAUUAAGAUGAAAAUAAUUAAAUGAGAUAAUCUAGUCUAAUUGAAAUUGGAUUAUAAAUGAAAAAUUUAAAUUCUACUCAAAGUACAUUGGUAGAAUAUAAAUCUUACCCUAUAUAGGUUAUUUCUUAAAUUACUGAUUAAUCUCUAGAGUGCCAAUUAAAUUUAUACGUUCAAAACUUUUGUCCUUAAUUACAACGUAAUUAUUUUAUAGAAAAUAAGUUAGCCAGCAAAGAUAUAAUAUUGGCAAACUAUUUUUAUGGUACUAUCUUUACUGCAUCCAUAUCGAAUAAUACGAAUUUAAUUUUAAGAGGACCAUUUAUAAGAAUUCAAAAAUUAUUCGAAUGCAAAUAUAUAUCUGAACUAAGCUGCUUAUUAAAAACAAAACUUCUAUAGAAUGAAAAUGAAAUUGAAUGCUAUUUCAUAUCUUUAGAUCAACAUAUUCAUUUUGUAACUUGUUAGAUUCUUAAUUCAAAUCUCAAUAACAAUACAUUAAAUAUAAUUUAGAUGUCAAACUAUCAAUUUGUUUAAUUUUGGUAGAAUGAUAAUGCACAAUAUUUCUAUUAUUAAAUAUUCUUUUAUGAUAUUGAAACAGGAUUCUUUGUAAUGGAAUCUAGUAAUAAGAUAGAAAUGAUGAAAAAUAACAAAAAUCCCCUUUUUGUGAAAAGAAUUGGGAAAUUGAUAAUAAUUAAUAUUGGGAAUUCGCAACGAUUGUUUAGUUUUUAAUUUAACUCUUUAUUACCAAUUUAGUCUAAAAUUGAAUUUAACAAUGUCAUCAAAUUUGAGGAAAAUGAAAAUCUUAUGCUUUCGAUGAAAUUAGUUCGAACUGCAAUGUCAAACUAAAUUUUAUUNUUUCAAAAACUAAUGUGUUUUGGUUAUUUAAAUUAGGGGUAAACUAAGUUAUAGUUUUCAAAUUUGAUCAUAAUUCUUGUUUGUCAAAGUACACAUAGUAACUUGAAUACUCUCCAGAUAAUAUAACCUAAUUUGGACCCUUAUUGUUGAUUUUUUAAAAAGAUUAACUUCCAAUAAUUUACCAUCUAAUUCCAAAUUAUCUAUCUUAAAUUAAAUAAUAAUUACCAGAAAAAAUAUUUUUAAAUUAGGAUAUCUUGUUCUACAAAGAAAACAAUUAGUAAGCAGCUAUAUAAUAUUAAACAAUAAUUUUAUUAUUGUAGAAAGAGUAAUAAUCAAUACAUUAUUUAAGAAUUUAAGAUGUAUAAAUAAUUCAAGUAGGGUAAUUUAGUUAAGGACAAUAAUUAAUUGGUAUACAUAGGUCUUAAAGCGUCCUUUUUUUUUAUUAUCUAUAUGACUCUGAGAUACACCAUUCUGAAAAUAUAACUUAAAAAGAUUAUAAUUUUGUUAGACCCAUUAUUUACUAAUUUGAGCGGAAUUAUUUGAUUUUGCUUGCUAAGAAGUCAGAACAAAUGUAUUUAUUAAUUUUUGCAAUUUCCUUUGAUGAGGAAAUUUAAUGGAUUUCAAGUAUUAAAUGUAAUAGUAAAUAUUUCUUUUUCCAAAAUCAGAUGAUAGUAUAUUAAGAUGAAAAUAAUUAAAUGAGAUAAUCUAGUCUAAUUGAAAUUGGAUUAUAAAUGAAAAAUUUAAAUUCUACUCAAAGUACAUUGGUAGAAUAUAAAUCUUACCCUAUAUAGGUUAUUUCUUAAAUUACUGAUUAAUCUCUAGAGUGCCAAUUAAAUUUAUACGUUCAAAACUUUUGUCCUUAAUUACAACGUAAUUAUUUUAUAGAAAAUAAGUUAGCCAGCAAAGAUAUAAUAUUGGCAAACUAUUUUUAUGGUACUAUCUUUACUGCAUCCAUAUCGAAUAAUACGAAUUUAAUUUUAAGAGGACCAUUUAUAAGAAUUCAAAAAUUAUUCGAAUGCAAAUAUAUAUCUGAACUAAGCUGCUUAUUAAAAACAAAACUUCUAUAGAAUGAAAAUGAAAUUGAAUGCUAUUUCAUAUCUUUAGAUCAACAUAUUCAUUUUGUAACUUGUUAGAUUCUUAAUUCAAAUCUCAAUAACAAUACAUUAAAUAUAAUUUAGAUGUCAAACUAUCAAUUUGUUUAAUUUUGGUAGAAUGAUAAUGCACAAUAUUUCUAUUAUUAAAUAUUCUUUUAUGAUAUUGAAACAGGAUUCUUUGUAAUGGAAUCUAGUAAUAAGAUAGAAAUGAUGAAAAAUAACAAAAAUCCCCUUUUUGUGAAAAGAAUUGGGAAAUUGAUAAUAAUUAAUAUUGGGAAUUCGCAACGAUUGUUUAGUUUUUAAUUUAACUCUUUAUUACCAAUUUAGUCUAAAAUUGAAUUUAACAAUGUCAUCAAAUUUGAGGAAAAUGAAAAUCUUAUGCUUUCGAUGAAAUUAGUUCGAACUGCAAUGUCAAACUAAAUUUUAUUUUCUAUAUUACAAUUAGAAGGAACAAACUUCUUAGUUCUCGGUCAAAUCGCUUUGGAUUAUCUUCAACUUUCAAAAUUUCUUAAACCCUUAAUUCCAAUCAAUCAAUAUAUUAAAAAUGUUAAUUUUUUAGCCGAGAACAGCUUCACUCUUUUAUAAUGUAAGUUUUAAUAGGAUUCUAUUUAAAUUUAAAUCAGCUAAGUAUUAUCUGAAUAUUUGGUAAUCUAUAAAUUAAAAUUUAAUAAAUUAUAUUAGUUGGAAAUGGGAACUGUAACUAAAAUAGUUAGAUAAUGUGAUACCUUCUUACUAUAUUUGGAGAAUUAAACCCUAAUUUGUAAAGACUUUGUUUAUGAUUUGAGAUUGGAAUAAUAAUUUUAUGAUCCUACUCAUCAAAUACAACAACAGGAUGAUAAAUUUUACUUUUUCAAUACUACAAAUCUAAUACUUAAAUCAACAAACAACCCUGAAUUUUAUCUUGGCAAAUUUGGAUAUGAAAUCGAAUAGUUAAAAGUAGAAAAGGAAUUUGAAAAAUUCAAUUUAACAGCAACCUUUAGCCUAUAAACUAUAGAAGUUGAAUUAAUGUUUAUUAAUAAACUAGAAUCCAAAGAGAUGCUUAUUUAUUAUAUUUUAAUAUUGAUUGGAUUGCAAAUUUUAAUUGUANAAAUUUAAUGGAUUUCAAGUAUUAAAUGUAAUAGUAAAUAUUUCUUUUUCCAAAAUCAGAUGAUAGUAUAUUAAGAUGAAAAUAAUUAAAUGAGAUAAUCUAGUCUAAUUGAAAUUGGAUUAUAAAUGAAAAAUUUAAAUUCUACUCAAAGUACAUUGGUAGAAUAUAAAUCUUACCCUAUAUAGGUUAUUUCUUAAAUUACUGAUUAAUCUCUAGAGUGCCAAUUAAAUUUAUACGUUCAAAACUUUUGUCCUUAAUUACAACGUAAUUAUUUUAUAGAAAAUAAGUUAGCCAGCAAAGAUAUAAUAUUGGCAAACUAUUUUUAUGGUACUAUCUUUACUGCAUCCAUAUCGAAUAAUACGAAUUUAAUUUUAAGAGGACCAUUUAUAAGAAUUCAAAAAUUAUUCGAAUGCAAAUAUAUAUCUGAACUAAGCUGCUUAUUAAAAACAAAACUUCUAUAGAAUGAAAAUGAAAUUGAAUGCUAUUUCAUAUCUUUAGAUCAACAUAUUCAUUUUGUAACUUGUUAGAUUCUUAAUUCAAAUCUCAAUAACAAUACAUUAAAUAUAAUUUAGAUGUCAAACUAUCAAUUUGUUUAAUUUUGGUAGAAUGAUAAUGCACAAUAUUUCUAUUAUUAAAUAUUCUUUUAUGAUAUUGAAACAGGAUUCUUUGUAAUGGAAUCUAGUAAUAAGAUAGAAAUGAUGAAAAAUAACAAAAAUCCCCUUUUUGUGAAAAGAAUUGGGAAAUUGAUAAUAAUUAAUAUUGGGAAUUCGCAACGAUUGUUUAGUUUUUAAUUUAACUCUUUAUUACCAAUUUAGUCUAAAAUUGAAUUUAACAAUGUCAUCAAAUUUGAGGAAAAUGAAAAUCUUAUGCUUUCGAUGAAAUUAGUUCGAACUGCAAUGUCAAACUAAAUUUUAUUUUCUAUAUUACAAUUAGAAGGAACAAACUUCUUAGUUCUCGGUCAAAUCGCUUUGGAUUAUCUUCAACUUUCAAAAUUUCUUAAACCCUUAAUUCCAAUCAAUCAAUAUAUUAAAAAUGUUAAUUUUUUAGCCGAGAACAGCUUCACUCUUUUAUAAUGUAAGUUUUAAUAGGAUUCUAUUUAAAUUUAAAUCAGCUAAGUAUUAUCUGAAUAUUUGGUAAUCUAUAAAUUAAAAUUUAAUAAAUUAUAUUAGUUGGAAAUGGGAACUGUAACUAAAAUAGUUAGAUAAUGUGAUACCUUCUUACUAUAUUUGGAGAAUUAAACCCUAAUUUGUAAAGACUUUGUUUAUGAUUUGAGAUUGGAAUAAUAAUUUUAUGAUCCUACUCAUCAAAUACAACAACAGGAUGAUAAAUUUUACUUUUUCAAUACUACAAAUCUAAUACUUAAAUCAACAAACAACCCUGAAUUUUAUCUUGGCAAAUUUGGAUAUGAAAUCGAAUAGUUAAAAGUAGAAAAGGAAUUUGAAAAAUUCAAUUUAACAGCAACCUUUAGCCUAUAAACUAUAGAAGUUGAAUUAAUGUUUAUUAAUAAACUAGAAUCCAAAGAGAUGCUUAUUUAUUAUAUUUUAAUAUUGAUUGGAUUGCAAAUUUUAAUUGUAUUUAUUGUUUAUUUAAUCAGAAGAUAAAGAUUGAAAGUUAAAAUUAACAUAAAGAGUUAAUUUUGA